UUAUAAGACAGAGUAAUUCCACAUGACUUCUCAGUACGAUCGUUGUCAACACCUUGAGUCAUAUUGCGCUUCGGAAAGAAAACGCGAGGUUGUGUCAAUUUACCUCAGUUUCGAACAGAAAAGCGAGUAAUUAAACUGAGCAGCCGGUAUUACUCGAGUAUAGUUCUUUAUUAGAAGUGGUAAUGACAAACAACGAUUAAAGUUAUUAAAGUGCCGAAUCACAUCGGAAAAUAAAAAAUAUCUUUAUCAGUUAAUAUCUUCUUAAACAUUUAUUGUAAAUGUUUACAAGAUCACACUACCUACAAGAUUACAAAGUAUUGAGACUUAAGCUUAAACUUCAUUGGAUUAUCCAACAAUUGAAUAAUUCUUCAAAAACAAUAUAAAAUUACCGUUGGAUUACUUCUUCUCGCAAGUUAGUUGCUUAAUUAAUCUCAGAGCAACCACUCAAUUAGUGAUUCAAGAAAGACAAACUAAGUAGUCUCAGCGAAUAUUCAUUCCUAUAUUAAAGAAUGAAAGGAACGUUGAUAAUCCUAUUCGUUUUAAUGGCCGUAAUUGUCCAUUCGCCGGUGGAGGGGAAGAUAUUCGAGCGAUGCGAAGCUAUAAAAGAGCUGCAGAAAGCUAAAAUCAGUAGGACCUUCUUCAGCAACUGGAUCUGUCUGAUGGAAAGCGAAAGUGGGAUGAACACCGCACUGAUGACUGGUCCAAAAACAGCCUCCAGCUAUUCUUAUGGUAUUCUUCAGAUCAACAGUAACAAGUGGUGUGCCAGAGGACGUACAGGUGGCAACUGUAAUAAACGCUGCGAAGAUUUCCUGAACGAUGAUAUACAGGACGAUAUUACGUGUGCCAAGAAAAUCGUCGAUCUCGACGGAUUCAAAGCUUGGGAUGGAUGGAUAAAAAAGUGCAAGAACAAACCGCUACCGGACAUUUCAAACUGUAUACGUAGGAGAAGAAUGGCCGAGAUAGAGAUCGAUCCGAUUUUGUAAUGAGUGGGUGAUUGUAACGCUGUUGGACACAUUGACUGUAAUCGAUACGAAGAGCUUAAAUAAAUUUUGCUUUUAAUUUUCUCGCUUCUAUAAAGUAUUUGCAUCUCUUGUAAUCUUUCACGACUUAAAUUUUAGAAAUUUAUGUAAUCGAUUCCAUCAAAUUGUAUUCCAACAGAUUUACAUAUUUGUUUCUAUUAAAGAAUCUUUCUAAAUGUGCAUAUCGUACCCAAUCAACGCAAUAA